ACUCCUCACACAAGCUCAAGCUCAUAGAUUGUCCUUGCGGCUGCCUUUUGCUGGAACUCAUUGGAUGACAAUGUGGCUAAUGUCUUGGUGGAGUUUUCUUAUUGGACACUGAUUUCGGUUGCUGGAUGACUGGGAACUGACAGAAUCCCACUGGCAGGAUUACAACCACAGUUUGGAAAUGAACUGCACAAGAGUUCUACAAGCAUUCGGCAGUCACCCUCAACCCACCGGGCUACCAGUUGACCUCGUUGUGUGCCUGAGCCAACGUCGUCCACUUUUCCAUCUCCUAUCCAUGAAACCUACUUUCUGUCAUUAUGAGCCGCCUGACGGUCCACAGAGAACCAGCUUCCACUCUUCCCGUCAAUCCCUUUGUCUCUCGUCUUCUCCGAUGUCCUCAGAACGUCGGAGUUGUCUCCAGAGGAAUGGCAGCAACCUCAACAAGAAGCGUGUGGUGUUCGCAGACGCCAAGGGGCUGGCGCUAACCGCGGUGCGUCUAUUUGUGCCUGAUAGCUUCUCCCUCGCUUCUACGCCACCGAUGGAUGUCUCCUCAACUAAACAUCCAGGCUCAAACAAACCACACCGCCAUAAGUAUCGCCUGGGAUUCCCUCAACCGACUCUGGACUUGAAAGCCUUCUUGUCACGCCUCCGAGAGACAUAUGUGCAGUUGGAAAGCUGCAACAUUUCUGAGCACUCCCUCAGCGGCAAAGUGCACAUCUUCCAUGGCAGCACUGACAAGGCUGUUUACGUAAGGGUGACCUUUGACUCCUGGUGGCACCAUUAUGACAUCCCAUGCGUCUUCCUGCAACAGCAGCGUUGUUGUGGUACUGAUGUGGAUGUUUUUGCUUUUGAUUUGAGCUUACCUCUGAACGUAGAUCCAGUAGGGGGGGUCGAGUUCUGUGUGUCCUUCAGGCCUGGAGGCAGCACAUCAACACACUGGGACAACAACAGAGGUCAGAAUUACAAAGUGCACGUGGAAAUGGACGCUGGAGAAGAUUACCGUAAUACUCCCAUACAGCGGCCACCAUAUUACAGAUCUGUACAGAACUCCGCUGAUCUCGGCAUAUUCAGAACAGGUUCACAUUUUGACUCUGGGUGGGUUGGAAAACAUUGUCCCACUUCCUUCCACAGACCUACAAGGAAAUGAAAAUAAACAGUUGUGAGCAAUAAUACUUAUUUUGUGAACGGUUAGCGAGGAAAAUGUCCAACUUCUGUGAUAGAAACCCUGCUGAAAUGUGAAUAAUAAAAAAACAGAGCAGCAUUGAAUGGGCCCUUCAAUUGGUGGGCACAAAGGACCCAGGACUCCAUGGAGGUU